AUGAAACCCCGCGCCAGCAGUGCGCUUAUCGGAAUCGAAGUAUAUUAUCUCAAGAACAGUGUCAACCAGAAUAUUCCUGUGAAAGGAAAUGAUAGCUGGCCAAAAGAAGCCAUGUCAUCUCUUGUUGAGGUCAAUCUUCGGAUCGCUUCAUCACAAACCUUUACUCUAACUGUAAGUGUGAAGUUAAAGCUCAGCGCUGCAGGCCCUAACGGUGAUCUACUUUUCGCUUUUAAGUAG